AUGAGCCCCACAUCCGACUUCUUCGCCGUCGUUGCGCGUAUCCAGGCGGCCGUCGAGGCGCACUCGUUCCACGUGCUCACGCGCAUCGACGAGGAGGCGGAAAUGGAGCUGGAGGCGAGUGUGGCUGCCGCUGCUGUCGUCGUCCUCGCCGCUGUGGAUGCUGCAGGCAACGUCAAGGACGUGCCUGUGCUGGAUGCAGUGGAUGCUGAAGAGGAUGUAGCGCUGGAGCGUCGCCUUGCCUGCAUCCUGCGUGCGGCGGGCGACGUGGAGAGCCUGGUGGAUGGCAGCAUCGAGCUUCUUUCUGCCGCUGAGGAGCAGCAGACGGUCGCCGCGGAGGGUGAUGCGCUGGACGCAGCAGUGGAUCGUCGCUUGGCCAGCAUCUUGCGGGAGGCUGGAGACUUCGAGAGUCUGAUCCAUGUCGUGCUGCCGGAGUCCACCGUCGCUGAGGCGGCGGAUGCUAGCCUCGCUGCGCUUCAGGAGGGGGGCGAGGAGAGCCUGAUGGAGAUGGAAAUGCCCGAGCUUGGCGAGGAGGAGACUGAAGAGGCGCAGUCGGGCCCCGGCGAUAGUGAUGCUGUGGAGCACUAUCUCGCCGAGCUGCUGCGCGUGGGGGACGAGAGCCUCGGGGAUGUGAAGCUUGUUGCGUCGGAGGAGGACGGGGAGGAGGAUGUCGCAGCCGUCGCGGUCGCUGCGGUGUCUGUGCCUCAAGCGAGGAAGAAGGCUGCUGCCGUCGUCCUCGCUGUGACGGAUGCUGCUCUCGAGCGGCGUCUGGCCACGAUGCUGCGGGCAAGCGGGCAGGAGAGCCUUCUUGACGCGCAAUUCGCGUUUCUGUCGGAGGAGGAGGAGCUGGCGAUGGAGAAGAUGGCCGCUGUCGUUGCGGUCGACGAAGCUGUGGAGCUUCGUCUGUCCAGCGUUCUGCUCGCAGCGGGCGACGCGAGCCUCUUCGAUGUCGAGCUGGAGCUCUGA